CAGCUUUGUAAAAUGGCACUCAUAACCAUUAUACAUCCCCACCUGUGGUAGCCGCAGUCGUUAAUCUCACAUAAAACACACGGGGGAUUCCCCCUUCAUCCCAUUCAACCUGGAAUUUCACUUUACCGCCAUGACUGCGGAAGAGGGGCUCCACAGCCAUGUUAGCGCGGGAAAACACCGCGGAUCGGUGCAGGCCACGCACGAUGAGAACUGCGCGACGUGCGGCCGCUGCAUUCGCGAGCACAGGGAAUGGGUGCCCGCUGUUGUCGUGGCUGUUUUACUACUGGUAGCUCUGGCCCUCUGUGGCAUCUGGGUCACGGUACAGCUGAACGCUUUGAAAGACGGCCUAGAACAGUGCGAGAGACAUGUCGCGCACCUGGCAAAAGGCCAGCGGGGAGGACUCUGGUAUUCUGAAGAGCCCCCAGCUGAACAUGGGCGGACUCUACCACCACCAUCACCAUCAACAGAAAGCAAUCACAUGGAGAAUCACUCCGACUACAUGAAGUCACAAAAUAACGGGGAAGACGAGUUUGACGAGGUUGCUGAAACAAAAGACACAGCAGUGACAGACAUUUUCAACCUCCAAGUGUCACAAGAAUCCCACCUAAAGCUACGACCAAGACGCAGCUCUGAGCAGCAAGGAAACGACCGGAAAGGACGCCGGGAAAGACAAAAGUCCAAGGCAAAAGCAUCUACCGCAGCGCCAACCAAACGCAAGAAAAAAUGCCCGCGCAGGUGUAGACACUGCUGUAUCAAAGGUGAUAAGGGUGAUAAAGGCGACCCGGGACCAAGUGGUCAGAUGUCGCUGGCGGCGGCACUAUACCGGGGAAAUAUAGGUACAUUUGAUCCAGAAAGUAUACCAGAGAGCAGGAGAGAUUGCGACGAAUUUGAUAAGGUGAAAAGAACCUUUAGAAGUUGUGAUGGUAAACUUAUGUACUGGGAGAAGGUACCUUGGAUGAAUGACCCAGAUCAUGCGAGAGUUUACGAGAACAAGUUUCAGAAGACCUGGGACGGGCAGGUUCGAGUGACUGAAGGGGGUCUGUACUAUUUAUAUGGUCAGAUAACGUUCUACAACGCCUCUCCGUUUAACACAGCUGGCAUAGAUGUUAACGGUCAUACUGUCGUUAGGUGCACCAACAGCGUUCCAAUCACUAACCCAGGCAGCGCUUCCAGCACCUACCAAACUUGCUCUAUGAGGACGGUUUGGAACCUCGAGGAGAACGCCGAAGUACAGAUGGUUGUGAAACAGCCAAAUCGAGCUCUCGACAUGCGCCCGGAUACGACGUUCUUUGGGUUGGUGAAAUUGAAUGACGUCACGGAGAUGAUGAUGACGUCACCAACUUCACCACAGUGAGGACAGGUCUUGAUUAGUCACACAUAUGAUGUGCUUGAGUCCUUUGAUGUCAAGGACCAAUUUGUUACAGACAUUCUAUUUCAUUGAUCUGGAGUGGUGUGGUCUCAUUACAAUGACGUUUUAUCAAAGGUUACUUAAAAAGAAAUGCAUGAAACCAGCCGAUGUGCUGAUCAAGGUGCCGCCUCAUCCUACAGUCAAUAAGCGAGCAAUACAACUAUGUCAGAGGUGUAGGCUACAUUUAAGUAAGGUCCUAGCGCGUUUAUCCUUUUCCGGUUUGAUUGGCCGAGCUCUGUAGCAGGCGGUGAGGUGCGCAAACCAUUCACUAUGGCAGAGAAAUGGAGGAAAUAGUGUUUUUAACUUCUAAUUUCAUCCUUUUAAAUGGCUUAAAAGAUAAUAUUUUAGAAGGCAUGUUAGGUAUAAGUACAGAGAAUGCGGUCCGUCAUAACUAAGUAGGUUGUCGUUGGCUGUGCCAUAAUAUAAGCCUAUUUCAAAGCACCAUUUUCUGUAAGGUUGGCUUAUUUGUCAACACCAGUGCUUGCUACGAUGAGGUUCGAAAAUGAAGUGUGGCAGACGAUACAAGGCGUGACAGAUGUCUUGAGAAGUUGUUACCAAAUUCUUACUGUUUUCAGAGGACUGCAAUAUGAAGGCCGCACCGAAAGACUGCAAUAAAACCCACAACACACUGCAAAAAUAAUGGAAUUUUAUAAACGUAAAUGUAUUUCCCGUAGGCAAUCUAUCAAAUCAAAGGGAUUUAAGAUGUGUUGAGUUUAUUAAUUCUAUUGACAUUAUUAUGUGGAGUGUAUAUAACAAUCAUCCUUAUUCAUAUAAUGAAUAUUCAUAUAUUAUAAUUGGAUUUGCAACAAUUUACAUCUGACAUGUUAUCAGCUUUUCGUUUUUAUUUGUUUAUCUUUUCAUUAUUCAUUUGCAUUUGAUAUCUCUGAUAUAUCUCUCAUUCUCAGUAUCAUAUUUUUUCUGUCCCUAAUAUAACUGUACAUAUACGAUAUCUCUUUUUGUGUAUCAUAAUUAGAUUUAUUUGUAAAUAUCGCUUUUAUUUAAUUAUGAAAAUAAAUUUCCUGUAGUUUCUUUGAAUUAUUGUAACAUAGGGUGACGUAUAAACAUGCAUACGGUAUAAAUG